AUGUCGCACCUCCAGUCUUCCGGCCGUGGUGGCGCCGGCAACAUCGUCGACAGCACAAAGUCCCCCAAGAUCAAGCCCCAAGACCUGGAGACGCCCACGCUGAAGGAGUCCGUCGUGACAACCGGCCGCGGCGGCUCCGGCAACAUGGCCAAGAACACCGAUCCGGCAGAGACCCGCGCUCUCCAAGACGUCGAGCCAGUGGCUCGCCGACCCAGCCACGGCGCCACGCACGUCGGGCGCGGCGGCAACGGCAACGUCGUCAACCCGGACGAGGUCCGGGCCGCAGAGCAGGAUGGGCGGGGGAAGGAUGACGAGAGCGCCGUCACGGACGCCGAGUCGCCGAGCGGCUGGGCCGAGAAGGGCAAGAACUUCUUCUUCGGCAAGAAGUGA